UAUAAAUAGGUGGGUGGAGAAGUCCAUAGAGCUAGCGUAACAUUGAGCAACAACGUACCAACAAUGGCAGCGACGAGCAGGCUGUGCGCGGCCACGACGACGACGUUGUUGCUGCUGCUGCUUCUCGUUUCACCGGCGACGGCGCUGCUGGGCGAAGGCACGGGCGCCAACUGCCACGACGUGUGCCGGGCCAACUGCAACGGGUGGGGCAUCGUGUGCCACCUCUCCUGCACCGGCGCCUGUGCAGGGUCCAACGGCAUCGGGAUCAUGAGCAUCGACGAACCCACCACCACCUCCGCCGCCAUCGCCGCCGCCCCGGAUUCAGACUCCGCCGUCGCCGCCCCAGACUCUGCGCCACUGCUACCACGGCCACGGUCGCAUCCGCACCUUCACCAUCGGCUCCGUGGCGGCGUCUUCGUCAGCCCGGCAGCAGCACCAGCACCGGAGACGGCAGACUCGUGAUGAUACUUCCUUGUAUAAUAAAUCUAGUGCUGCUAGAGUACUAGUUUCGGUUGCACAUGCACCAAAAUGAAUGCACCAAUUCAAAUUUACUGAUUUCUUCUUCUUCUUCUUC